CGUAGGACGAGGCCAGGCGCGCAGGUGACGGACGCUGGGGUGGUGGAGCGCAGCCGGCUUACAGUCAGACUGGCUGGCCGGUCUGGGGCGCCUGGGCCGCGAAGGGUAGGAUCCGGGUUGCUUGUGUCCCGCCCGACAAGUUGCCCCUCUCCAGCUCUCUCCAGUUCUAUCAUGGCCCCCCAAGCCCGGGGACCGGGAACCCGGCUUGCUUGGUAAAAGACGCCGCUGGCUCGCCCCGCCGCCCGCCCCGGCGCCCCCGGGCUCGGACCUUGGGUAGUUCGGGCCGCUCCUCUGUGGCUGGAGACCCGCCGGGCCGCCGCUGGGAGAAGCAGGCCCAGAGCUGGUUAGGGCCUCGGGCCCGGGGACCCGAGGAGGAUGAGCUGGCUCUUUCCCCUGACCAAGAGCGCCUCCUCCUCCUCCGCAGCAGGGUCCCCCGCUGGUGGCCUCACCAGCCUCCAACAGCAGAAGCAGCGCUUGAUCGAGUCCCUCCGGAACUCCCACUCCAGUAUAGCUGAAAUACAGAAAGAUGUGGAAUACAGAUUGCCCUUCACUGUAAACAACUUGACAAUUAACAUUAAUAUACUACUUCCUCCACAGUUUCCUCAGGAAAAACCAGUGAUCAGUGUUUAUCCACCAAUCCGACAUCAUUUAAUGGAUAAACAAGGAAUAUAUGUUACCUCUCCAUUAGUAAGCAAUUUUACAAUGCACUCAGAUCUUGGAAAAAUUAUCCAGAGUCUGUUGGAUGAGUUUUGGAAGAAUCCUCCUGUUUUAGCUCCCACUUCAACAGCAUUUCCAUACCUGUAUAGUAACCCAAGUGGGCUGCCUCCUUAUGCUUCUCAGGGUUUUCCGUUUCUUCCUGCGUAUCCUCCUCAAGAAGCUAACAGGAACAUCACUUCUUUGUCUGUUGCUGACACUGUUUCUUCUUCAACAACAAGUUAUACAACAGCCAAGCCUGCUGCUCCUACAUUUGCUGUCCUUUCAAGUCUGCCAUUGCCUGUUCCCACAAUGGAAACUUCAACACCGAUAAGCCAAAAUGGUUUUGGGUACAAGAUGCCAGAUGUCCCUGAUGCAUUUCCAGAACUCUCAGAAUUAAGGUAA